AUGGCAGGUGAAGAUAAUCAUGCGACCAUAACAAUAGAAGAAGGCUGGCCUAUUCUGCAGGAUGGAAUCAACAAGUUAAUUGACAUUGAUUCGAUUGAAUCCUACCAAGAUUACAUGAUUAAGGUUGAAGAAUGCUUGAAACGAGAGGAAGAGAGGGUCGACUUCUAUUUGCAAAAGAGGACAGAAAAGAAGUUGUUGGAGGCUGUGGAGUAUGAGCUUAUGUCUGUUCAUGCAAUCAAAUUGGAAAAAAAAGAAACAUGCCAGCUAGACGCAGUGAAUUCGGGUCUUCUUCUAAGAGCUUCAGGAAGAGGAGCGAAGGAAACAAAAACAUCUCGUAAAUUCAUCUUUUGUCUCGCAAGAAAUAAUGGGUGUCUUGAAUAUAUGUGUUGA